AUGUCUAUUGCUUGGAUUCUGGGCGCCUUUCUCUUUUCUACGACUUGUUCUGCAUACAAAUACGAUCCUGCGUAUUCCCAAUGGAAUCUCAAUCAGAAUCAAACAGCUGUCGACCCUUUGGACUACUGGGGAGAGUGGUCCGGGCAUACCUAUACGCCAUCGCCGAGUAACUGGAGGUUCCCUUUCUACACUCUCUUCCUAGACAGAUUUGUCAAUGGUGACCCCUCCAACGAUAAUAUCAACGGUACGGCCUACGAACAUGACCCGAACUCAAAUCAAAUGCGCCAUGGAGGCGAUCUGCAGGGCUUGGUCGACACGCUGGACUAUUUGCAGGGUAUGGGAAUCAAGGGCAUCUACAUAGCAGGCUCGCCGUUCAUUAAUAGUCCAUGGGGCUACGAUCAGUAUUCGCCCCUCGACCUGUCCAUUCUCGACCAACACUUCGGCGAUAUUGAGAUGUGGCGGACCGCAAUACAAGAGAUACAUAUUCGACACAUGUACGUCAUCAUAGACAAUACAUUCGCCACGUUGGGUGAUUUGGUUGGAUUUGACGGCUACCUCAACACCACAACGCCGUUCACUCUCGCUGAACAUGAGGUCCAGUGGAAAUCAGACCGUCAUUACCACGAUUUCAGCUUCGGGAACAAUUACAACAAGACUUGCAAUUACCCGAAAUUCUGGUUGGAGACCGGAUACCCUGUAGACGAGGAUGUCACCAACAACCUCCAAGGGUGCUACGACAGUGACUUCGACCAAUACGGUGAUACCGAAGCCUUCGGGGUCUUCCCGGACUGGAGACGUCAACUAUCGAAAUUCGCCUCCGUUCAAGACCGCCUGCGGGAAUGGCACGAACCCGUCCGCCAUAAGUUGGAAAACUUCUACUGCAUGCUCAUCGCAUCCCUGGACAUUGACGGGUACCGGUACGACAAAGCUACCCAGAGCACCAUUGACGCUAUGGGUUUCAUGAACGAAGCUAUGCGCACUUGCGCCCGAAGGUAUGGCAAAGAAAAUUUCUUUACUCCGGGCGAAAUCACUGGUGGGAAUGUCUUUGGAUCACUAUACCUUGGCCGCGGAAGACAGCCCGAUAUGCUUCCGGAAAAUCUGACGGAAGCUCUGACAAUGACCAACAACUCAGCAGAGCAGUAUUUUCUCAGAGCUCCUGAGCAUGGUGCCCUUGACGCUGCUGCUUUCCACUAUACGGUAUACCGUACAUUGACGCGGUUUCUCGGCAUGGAUGGAAACCUUGAGGCUGGCUAUGACGCGCCCCCUAAUUGGGUUGACAUGUGGAACGACUUUCUGCUCACCAACGACUUUGUGAACCCCAAUACAGGUGUCUUUGACCCGAGACAUAUGUAUGGUGUAACUAACCAAGAUGUCUUCCGGUGGCCUGCCAUUACUGAUGGCGUCCACCGGCAAUUGCUGGGUCACUUCAUCACUACGAUCGAGUUGCCUGGGGCGCCGUUGCUCUUGUGGGGUGAGGAACAAGCUUUCUAUGUCUUGGACAAUACCGCCUCCAAUUACAUAUUCGGUCGACAAGCGAUGUCUGCUGCGACGGCGUGGCAGACGCAUGGGUGUUACCAUCUCGACUCAACUCAAUACUUCAAUAUGCCCCUCAAUGCUUCGCGCCAUGGUUGUCAAGAUGUAACAGUCAGCUAUGACCAUAGAGAUCCCUCUCAUCCUGUUCGAAGCAUCAUACACCAUAUGAACCAACUACGCGAACAAUUUCCGGUGCUUCAAGAUGGAUUUUUCUUGCAACAACUAUCCAAUCAGACCGAGCAGGUGCAAUAUCCUGGUUCCGGGAAAGUGACUACUGAGACUGGGAUGUGGUCCGUCAUGCGGUCGGGAUUCCCAGGUGUGCAAGAUCUGAGUGGCACUGGCGCCGGUGAUCUCUCGAUCUGGCUGCUGUACUCGAACGCCAACGCCACGACCACGUAUACUUUUGAUUGCAGCGACAACAACACCGCCCUCAACACUACAAGUCUGAUUGCCCCGUAUGAUGCAGGCACCACCGUUAAGAAUCUCUUUUAUCCCUACGAUGAGCACACUCUGAAUGACAGCGUUCAUAAGCUUGGAAUAAACGGUUCAACGAACCCCAACGGCUGCUUGAGCAGUCUGGAAAUGGCAGCUUACGACUUCCGCGCCUACGUCCCCAUUGAUAGCUGGGUUGGCCCCAAGCCUAUGGUCACGAAGUUCAGUCCGGGACAUGACGCCCGACUUCAGUCCACUGUUGGAGACAAUGACACCCAAUCGGUUGACAUCGGACUCCAAUUCUCGGUGGAGAUGGAGUGUGACAGUGUCACAAACAGCCUCAUGUUCAACUCCACUACCGAAUCAAAUGUGACACCCACGCUCGACAGAGACAGCAUCAUCUGUGGCGUAAUGAAUAACCCGGACACGCCUCCUUAUGUCGGGGCUAUAUCAUCGACAUGGUCAUGGUCGGCAACACUCAACAACGUUGCAAAUGGCAUCCAUGCAGUGUCAGUUCGGAAUGCAUCAUCUGAGGUGGGAGAAAGUACGAAUGCCGUUGAUCGAUUCUUGUUCAGGAUUGGUCGGACUGAUAACCCUCUGAUUUUCACCACAAUGGCGAACUAUUCAUCUAGUCUUCUCAGCAAAAGCGAGGACGGGCCCUUGAUGCUGUCUCAUUCGGCUGCCGGAGCUGAUAAGUGGCGUUACUCUACGAAUUGGGGCUCAACUUUCUCUUCCUGGAUGCCCUACGACGGUGGGAAAACGAAGAUCGAGGAGCAGUCAUGGUCUGGGACUGACCUGCAGUCCUGGAAAGGCACUCACGUGAGAGUCGAGUAUUUCAGCCGUCUAGCUGGGAGCAGUGACCACGUUCAGCAAGGUGAUUUGGAUUACCACACUCCCAGACGGUUCCCGCACCUAUUUCUGAACGGCCCAUAUAAUCAGUAUGGUUACGACGCUGGAUUGGAAAAUGAGAUGAAAUUGUCAAACAACAACACCUGGGAGCACCAUUUCAUGACUGAAUGGAGUCUCUCUGGUGCGCUCGCGCAGAUCAAUGUGUGGGGCAUCAAUCCAGACGGCAAGCCGGAUCAGACAGUGGUCAUGGGAGACGCAGAUGGAGACUCGAUACUCGAUCGUCUGCCUCCAUCUUCGUUAUCCUCGAUUGUCCUGAAUAUUACUCAACCUCCUCCCAAACCACAUCUUGGCUGGCGUGUUGUUAUCAAUGACGGGACCCUCCGCUUUGAUUUGGUGCCUUCAGGCAACAUGUGGAGUCAGAUUAUCGUUUUUGUACUCCUGUGCGUCGUCCCCAUCAUCACGGCAGCUUUCGGAGUUUGGUCUUUCAUGCAAAGCUUCUACCAGGUCAAAUUCAACGAGAUUGGCAUUUCAGAGAAAGCUGGGAUGAUGCCUGCAGCACUCAAGAAACAGUUCAAGAAACUCAAGGACGAGGAAGACUCCCCAGGCUUCCUAGCCAAGUUCAACCGCAAACCGAAAUUCCUGCAGCAGUCCGAUACCGUCAUUGAUCAACAACGUCGUCGAACUGUCCUGAUCGCGACAAUGGAAUACGACAUUGAAGACUGGGCGAUAAAGAUCAAGAUCGGCGGUCUCGGCGUGAUGUCUCAGUUAAUGGGUAAAAAUCUAGGAUAUCAAGACCUGAUUUGGAUAGUGCCUUGUGUUGGCGGGGUGGAUUAUCCCGAGGAUGAAAGGGCUGCCCCAAUGACGGUGACUGUUCUCGGUAAACCGUACGAGGUCCAAGUUCAAUACCACGUCCUCCGGAAUAUAACCUACGUCCUUCUGGAUGCUCCCGUCUUCCGACAGCAGACAAAGUCCGAACCAUACCCUCCUAGAAUGGAUGACCUCUCCUCCGCGAUCUACUACUCAGCGUGGAAUCAAUGCAUUGCUCAGGCUAUUAACCGCUUCCCAGUGGAUCUCUACCACAUCAACGACUAUCACGGCUCAGUCGCGCCUCUCUAUAUACUUCCACGGACCAUCCCAGCCUGUUUAUCUCUGCAUAAUGCUGAGUUUCAAGGACUGUGGCCAAUGCGGACGAAGCAUGAACGUGAUGAAGUGUGUUCAGUAUUCAACCUCUCGACCGAGCUUGUUCAACGCUACGUCCAGUUUGGCGAAGUCUUCAACCUAUUACAUGCUGGGGCCUCCUACUUGAGGCUACACCAGCAAGGCUUUGGUGCAGUUGGUGUAUCAAAGAAAUAUGGCAAGAGAUCAUAUGCUCGCUAUCCCAUCUUCUGGGGUCUGAAGAAGGUUGGCCAACUGCCCAAUCCCGAUCCCUCCGAUACUGGUGAAUGGGACAAGAAGCUCCCCAAGGAAUCAGAAAUCCGUAUUGACCCCGAAUUUGAGGCUGGACGUCCUGAAUUGAAACGUCAAGCUCAAGAAUGGGCGGGUCUUGAGCAGAACCCAAGGGCCGAAUUGUUCGUCUUUGUUGGCCGCUGGUCAAUGCAAAAAGGGAUUGAUUUAAUCGCCGAUGUCUUUCCCUCAAUUCUGGAAUCCAAUCCCAACGUUCAGCUUGUAACAAUUGGGCCGGUUAUCGACUUGUACGGAAAAUUUGCAGCUCUCAAACUCGAUCGGAUGAUGAAGCUGUAUCCCGGCAGAGUAUUCUCUAAGCCUGUCUUUACGGCGCUUCCUCCUUUCAUUUUCUCCGGGGCAGAGUUUGCGUUGAUACCCUCUCGAGACGAACCCUUCGGUUUGGUUGCUGUCGAGUUUGGUCGUAAGGGAGCUCUAGGUGUCGGUGCUCGGGUUGGCGGGCUUGGUCAAAUGCCUGGCUGGUGGUACACAGUUGAAUCGACAACGACGUCACAUUUGCUUCGUCAAUUCAAGCAAGCAAUUGACGAAGCCUUGAGCUCGAAAACCGAGGUCCGCGCUCUCAUGAGAGCCCGAUCGGCCAAGCAGCGAUUCCCUGUGGCGCAGUGGUGUGAGGACCUGGAGAUUUUGCAAUCCACUGCUAUUCGCAUACACGACAAAGUCGAAGCAACGAAACGUCAUUCUGUGGCGGAUGAGAUGAUCUGGCCACAUUCAGGCUUGCCUACUCCUGGAGGCUCAGGGGCUACCACUCCAGCGUAUUCACGGGCACCAAGUUAUGCAGGCUUGCACGCACUUACUUCCCGGUUUUGGAGUCACGCACACAGUCGUGAGCCAAGCCAGGAUACCACGGUGCGACCUGGCUCUGGUUUGUCACGCUCAGCUUCUCUGGGGUCACAUCGCGGUCCAGGCCACGUUGAUGCGCGGGAUGCCUUUGAUGGUGAGGAGCCACAUGCGCCAGCGGUCCUCCCGUCGGUACCUGAUGUGGAAGGUGACGAUACUGGGCUUGGCACCGCGGUCACUCAGAACUACAAUGACGGUCCAGGAGAUGAGGAUGACUCUGACGACGAUGAGUACGACAGUGACGAGGGUGUUACAAUGCCUACACAGACUCUAGGGCGGUACGAACGCGUCCCUUCCAAUGAUGGAAUUCCGUCCUCGUCACCUGUUUCCGCAGCAUUCCGCUCACCUAGAAGUCCUGGACUGGAGAUGACCAACACACCAAAACGACCAUCAUUACCCAAUGAUAGUCCUCCGCUUACCUCUCCACAGAGCCCAAACUCAGGCCUGCUCAUCCCGCCGCCACUGGUGCGGGCAGAGUCGCACAGUCGAAUAUCAGCGAGUCCUUCAAUGCUAUCAGUGAAUUCAAUUGUGGGCGAAAAGACAGACUUCAAGCUGCAGAAAGUCGACCCCUUCUUCACUGAUAGCAAUGGUGAAUUUGCACGAGCCUUCGGGAAGAAGCUUGAUGGACUUGACGGCCGCAAUUCUGAGACCUCGGCCUGCAUCGAGGAGUUUCUGGUCAAAUCGGAAAAGCAAUGGUUCGACACUUUCCGCAACGUCAAACUGGGGAGAUACAACAUCCAUUCUUCCCAUUCGAGCUUUCAUGCCCCACAGGAGUCUCGACCAACUUCCAGCUACGAGAGCAAUAGUGACCAUGACUCUGGAGAACGUGAUUCGAACAGCCUCAACGACGAGUUCUUGCUCGGGAGGGACUACAAGCCACCUACUGGUGUGAGGAACUGGAUGCAACUCCGUGUUGGUGACUGGCCUGUCUAUGCGUUUUUCAUGGGCUUCGGGCAGAUCAUCGCGGCCAAUUCUUACCAGAUUACCCUGUUGACGGGCGAAGUCGGCCAGACAGCAGAGAAGCUGUACAGCAUUGCGAGUGUCUACUUGGUCACGUCAAUCUGCUGGUGGAUUCUGUUCCGCCGCUUUAGCUCACUAUUGUGCCUAUCGUUGCCUUUCUUCUUCUACGGCCUCGCAUUCAUCUUGAUCGGCACCGCUCACUACGCGUCCACCGCGAGCGGACGUGGAUGGGUACAAAACGUCGGUACUGGCAUGUACGCCGCGGCAUCAUCCUCUGGCAGCAUAUUCUUCGCGCUGAACUUUGGCGACGAGGGCGGCGCCCAAGUCAAAGCCUGGGUCUUCCGCGCCUGUGUGAUCCAAGGCACUCAGCAGAUCUACGUUGUUGCACUAUGGUACUGGGGUUCCUAUCUCAACAGACGUACUGCCGAUGAUAUCACGAAGAGUUCCGAUCCGGUCUCCUCGACCUGGAAAAUCACGGCCAUCACUCUUCCCAUAGCCAUGCUUCUAUGGGCUAUCGGCUUGUUGAUGUGGUUCGGACUGCCCAACUACUACCGCCAAGCACCUGGCAAGAUGCCCAGUUUCUACAAAAGCCUCCUCCGCCGCAAGAUCGUACUGUGGUUCUUCGUCACGGUAGUCAUUCAGAACUUCUUCCUUUCCGCACCAUACGGCCGCAAUUGGUCGUUCUUAUGGAGCAGCUCGCACACAAAGACGUGGCAGGUCGUGCUUCUCGUUAUUUUGUUCUUUAUUGUGAUUUGGGCAGUCUUCUUGUGGCUCUUUGCUGUGCUGUCAAAGUCACAUAGCUGGAUCCUCCCACUCUUUGCAAUUGGGCUUGGUGCGCCGCGCUGGGCUCAGAUUUGGUGGGGUACCAGCAACAUCGGUCUCUAUUUGCCAUGGGCAGGUGGCUACACGGCGUCUGCACUGGUUUCCCGUGCUCUCUGGCUAUGGCUGGGUACGCUCGAUGCAAUCCAGGGUGUUGGUUUUGGCAUGAUUCUGCUGGCCACGCUUACACGUGUCCAUGUGGCUUUCACGUUGAUCAGUGCACAAGUUCUUGGGUCCGUUGCGACGAUUGCUGCGAGAGCUUGCGCACCCAAUAAGAUUGGCCCUGGUCCUAUCAGCCCCGAUAUCAGCGGUACUGUCUCGAAUAUCUGGCAGCCAUGGUUCUGGAUUGGACUCGUCCUGAACUUGAGCAUAUGCUUUGGUUAUUUCAAGUUCUACCGCAAGGAGCAGCUCAGCAAACCUUGAAAACCGGGAGCUUAGGUUAGCAUUGAGGUUAGCGUAUUUGGUGUUUGAUGUUUCAGAGCUUGGAUCCUGACAAAUAUAUAAUGGCAUAAAGGAUAAUCCGAGUAAGACGAGAUAGAGACAAGUAAACUGUAAGGUAUACAUUUCUCGGACCUGGGAGUGUAUUCGAGGAAGAAAAUGGAAUGGUCAUAAUAGC